AUGGCCGCCGCCGAGCAAUACAUCCAGCUGGCAAAGACGCUGCCGGCACAACUCCAGCGCUUCUUCGCCCGCUGGCCGCCCGCCGCCAUCCUGCCUCACAACAUGGCGGCGACGACGCCCAAAACGGGCUUCCAGGAGAUCACCCCGAACCCCUUCAAGUCGCAGAAGCACGCCGCCACGGGCAAGUGGCACGACCCCGUCUACUCCAUGCGCCGCCAGGCCGAGAUCGUCAAGCUCGCGCGCCAGCACGGCGUCGAGGAGCUGCUGCCCCCGACGGUCAAGGGCACCGAGUACAGGAUCGCGCACCGCGUCGAGCACGGAUUGAGGGUCAAGGGUACCGGUGUCGGACAAAAGGUCAAGGGAAAGAUUCACGAGAGGAUGGUGCAGCCCAGAAUGGAGAAGAGGAGAGCAGCCGUGUUGGUGAUGCCGAAGCUCAUCAAGGAGUGGAAGAAGGUUGGAAAGAAGAACUGGACAAGAUUCCCCAAAUAA